AUGGCCGGUUCAGAAGGUAAAAAGGCUUCCUCCCCCGGUGUGAUGGCUUGGGUCCGUACAGCUUGUCGCUUCGCAACAGACAGAAACGACUUCAGACGAAAUCUUCUGGUCAACGUAGGUCUGUUUGCAGCUGGUGUCUGGGUUGCAAGAAAUCUCUCCGAUUUUGACCUGAUGUCUCCUCAGCCUGUGGCGUAAUCUGGUCCUAAAUCCGAUGCCACCAAAAUCAGGAUGAUGAUGAUGACGACGACGGUGUUUUGGACCAAGAAGAAACAAGGGACAUGAAUAAGUGAUCAUGAAACUUGGUUAUACUUUAAACAACAAAACAAAUCACCUUGUUUAUCUGAGUUUGUUUCAUAUUCUGUUCUUUUUUCUUUUUCUUUUUUACUCUUAUCCUAUUGUACAUGGCUUGAUAACAAAUAAUCAGUCAAUGUCUCUGUUGCUGAC